AUGAAUUCUGCAAGCCCGACCGGCGAGGAAAUUUUCAAGGCGAGAGGCUAUUGCGCACAUCUCCUCCGAAAAUACGACUCGCCCUCCUACAUCCUCUCGAUUUUCAUUCCGCCACCCUGUCGUGAUGCCUACCUCGCCAUCCGUGCCUUCAAUAUCGACGUUGCACGAGUUGCCGACGAAACGAGCUCCCCCACCAUUGGUAUGAUGCGCAUGCAGUUCUGGAAGGAUGCAGUGACCAAGGCUCUGGCUGGUUCUCCUCCAAAGGAACCCGCGGCUAUCCUCUUGGCUCAAGCUGCCGAGGAACUCCACUAUCGCUCAGGUGGGAGCUCGCGGCUGAGCAAGAACUGGUUCCUGCGCAUCAUCAACACACGAGAGCAAUCUCUUGGAAACCCGCCUUAUCCGACUCUGUCUGCCUUGGAGUCGUAUGCUGAAAACACGUACUCCAUAAUGCUAUACUUGACACUGUCUGCAUUGCCUCUAGCCUCAAUCACCGCCGACCACAUCGCUUCUCACAUAGGAAAGGCAAUGGGCAUUGCUGCUGUGCUGCGAGGCAUUCCCUUAGUCGCAUUUCCACCAACUCGGCCUCUUAGCACUAGUAAUUCUGUGACGGGAUCGUCUGGGCAUUUCCAGGGUGCGGUCCUGCUGCCGUUGGAUGUUAUGGCCGACGCAAACGUGAAGGAGGAAGAUGUAUUCCGGCAAGGUUCUGCAGCUCCGGGCUUACGCGAUGCUGUAUUUGCCGUUGCGACACGAGCGAGUGACCAUCUCAUCACCGCGCGGGAAAUGCUCUCCAAGUUGCGGUCAGAAGGGAACUUGGGCCACGAGUUUGAACACCAAAAUGACGAGAAAAAUCGAUACAGCCCUCAACAACUGAAUGCGAGUUCUGAGGCCCAACUCGCCGAUGUUGAGCGAGCCUUUGGCGUUUUCAUGCCAAGCGUAGCGACGCAGUCUUGGCUGGAUCGUCUUCAGAGGGUUGAUUUUGACAUCUUUGAUGCUUCUCUCCGAACCACUGACUGGCGACUUCCAUGGAAAGCCUAUUGGGCGUUUAGUCGUGGAAAAUUAUAG